GAGAUGGUCGAGAACAUGAAGGCUGUCGCCUCCGCAGACCAGGAGCUCUCCGUUGAGGAGCGAAAUCUCCUGUCCGUGGCCUACAAGAACGUCAUCGGUGCCCGUCGCGCUUCCUGGAGAAUCGUCACCUCGAUCGAGCAGAAGGAAGAGUCCAAGGGCAAUGAGACUCAGGUCACUCUCAUCAAGGAGUACCGCCAAAAGAUCGAGGCCGAGCUUGCUAAGAUCUGCGAGGACAUCUUGGAGUGCCUGGACGGCCACUUGAUUCCCUCUGCUGAGAGCGGCGAGUCCAAGGUUUUCUACCACAAGAUGAAGGGCGACUACCACCGCUACCUCGCCGAGUUUGCCGUUGGCGACAAGCGCAAGACCUCCGCCGACAAGUCUCUCGAGGCUUACAAGGCCGCCACCGACGUCGCUGCCUCCAACCUUGCUCCCACUCACCCCAUCCGCCUUGGUCUCGCCCUGAACUUCUCCGUUUUCUACUACGAGAUCCUCAACUCACCCGACCAGGCUUGCCAGUUGGCCAAGCAGGCUUUCGAUGAUGCCAUUGCCGAGCUCGACACCCUAUCUGAGGAGAGCUACAAGGAUUCUACCCUCAUCAUGCAGCUUCUCCGGGACAACUUGACCCUCUGGACGUCUUCUGAGGCCGAGCCUUCCGCGGAGGCACCCGCUGCUGCGGAGCCUGCGACCGAUGCGCCCAAGGCAGAGAGCACCGAGGCCCCUGCUGAGACCAAGGCAUAAAUUGACUGAACUCCAAAUCGGGCAAAAAUGACAAGGGCUAGGGUAUGGUGCAUCUUGGUGUAGGUUAAUGAUGUCUGGUUCAUCGUUUUCUAAUGGCAUGGAGGGUGCUUUAGGGCCCCAAGGCCGUAUGCUUCGUUAGACUCUCAAUCUUCAACAUGUCAGCAUCUCAAUCCCAACCCUAUGCCCUCCUUUUUCCAUAUACGCAUACCACUCGAGUCUUGUAUGCCCGUGUUGUACGUUUCUAGAGGUUCACAUCUUACGGGUCCAUGAUGUGUAGGACUCUGUCGUUUUCUCCAUCAUACACGUUGUGUCUUUGCUCAGCUCGCGCUAGUUCACAGGGGCAUCUUGCUUUCCUACAGUCUCUCAAAAAAGAUUUCGAAUAAACUUUACAUGUGCUAGGCUCGCAAGAGCUAUACAUUUGGCCACA